AUGUGGAUAGUUACGGGACUGUUCAGUUUAUUGGGCGCCAUUGUGUAUGCUGAGUUGGGUGUUCGAAUCCCUAAGUCCGGCGGCGAAUACGCAUAUUUGCUGGAGGCCUUUGGUGGUUUACCCGCAUUUAUAUGUAUGUGGGUAUCAUUCGUUGUCAUCGGAGGCGUGAGUUGUGCCGCCAACUCUAUCGUCUUUGCACAAUACAUGCUGCAGCCAUUCUAUCCGGGCUGUGAACCGUCGAAAGUGGUAGUGCAGAUUACUGCUAUGCUUUGUCUUCUACUUAUAUGCGCGAUAAACGCUUACAAAGUUAAAUGGGCCACAAGAGUAGCAGUCGUCUUUUCCACAGGCAAAAUUAUUGCCCUUCUCCUGAUUACCGGAUUUGGUGUAUAUUACUUGGCCACGGGGCAUCUGGAGAGCUUUGAAAACCCUUUUGAAGGAUCGGCUACAUCACCAGGCUUACUUGCACUAGCAUUUUAUCAAGGUUUUUGGGCAUUCUCGGGCUGCGCUUUGUGCACAACCGCUUCUGUGAAAAUAGCGACAGAGUUCUUUGGUUUCCUCCUCUACUACCAAAGCCCUGUGACUGACAUACGUGUUUUAUUUAGGAACUACCUCAAUUUCCUGGUCGAAGAGAUGGACAAUCCUGGACGGAAUCUUCCUCUUGCGAUCGUGCUUGGACUGGGCCUCGUAACGGGCUUGUACAUGCUAGCAAAUGUUGCUUACCUCGCGGUCCUUUCUCCCUUUGAAUUGCUUGGCUCUGGUGAGGGAUCGGCUGCCGUGGCCGUGCUCUUUGCGAAUCGAGCUAUGCCAUGGAUCGCCCACGCGAUGCCUAUCUUUGUCGGUGCCUCCGUCUUCGGCAGCAUCAACAGUGAAGUGAUGUCAAUGUCACGGUAA